AUGAUUUCGUCACCCCUCGCGCAACCGUUACUGCACGUCCUUGCCUUUCUUCUAUGCCUUGAUCUCCUCGAACAUUCGCGAGUCCUUGCACAGUCCGGUGAUGGCGGUGAAGCUCAGGGUCUUCAACCCGGCGACAUCGGCUCUAGCCCGGGAAGCUCCACAGAAGACGCCGGGGCUGCAGGACCAGAUACUGGGUCUAUAAAUUUGAGCCGCGGGGCUACGAUUGCGAUCGCACUAGUUGUGAGCGUUGUGGUUGUUCUUGGUGCCACGAUGGCGGUUUUAUUCUAUCUGGCAAAGAAGAGACAGUGGAAGAUCAAGGAGAGCAUCCGACGGUCAGCAAGAAAGGUCACGAGCGCUGUCAAGGCCGUUACCACGCCGCUUACACCCAAGAAAAUGACCUUCUCUCCCGUCGAGAAAAGAAGACGAAUGGAGGACACCUUGAGGAAGGCAAAGGAGCAACUACCGCCAUCAAACUCGAGUGUGGCCAACGAAAAGGAGGCGGGAAGCGGCAGCCGGUCAUCGUCAACGGGCAGUAGUCGUGACCUUGAAAAGGGGCUGCCAGACUGUGCUGUCAGCGUCGAACCAAAAGGAGAUUAUGACUCAGUGAUGGUGAAAGCUGAAAAGAAGGACAGGAAACGGCCGAGGCCUCCCAGUGUUACCAUUCCGUCUUCGGCAUUCGAAAUGGACAGCCCCAAGACACCCCUGUGGAAGAAAAUGUUUGGACGGUAG